GCUGAGCUCCUGUAGCACGUAUUGCCGCCUUAUAAAGGACCCACGUGACUCAAUAAACUUCGCAGAAGUCGUCCUUUGAGUGUGCUCGCUCUGCUCUCGAGCAUCGGCGCCUCCUGAUUCGUAGCUUGAUCAUAACUGUCUCGGCAUCCAAUACCGCCGCACUUGUUACGAAGUGAAUCCGCACCACUGCAACCUACCGUUCGCUCUAUAACAUCGCCAGAUCUUCGCGGCUGAUUCUCGGUUCACUUCUGGAAGCCCAUUCCAACAAUGUCUAUCGGCGUCCCAAUAAAGCUCCUCCACGAGGCGGAGGGCCAUGUCAUUACACUCGAAUUGAAGUCCGGAUCGAUCUACCGCGGCAAACUUCUGGACGCUGAAGACAACAUGAACGUGCAACUGAAAGAAAUCCGUGUCACACACCGCGACGGUCGUCAAGCAAACCUCGAUCAAGUCUACGUCCGAGGAUCACAAAUUAGAUUCUUCAUCGUGCCUGAUAUGCUCAAGAAUGCGCCCAUGUUCAAGCAGGUUGGGCCGGGGGCGACGAAAGGGAGAGGUAUUGGGCUAGGAAGAGGAAGGGCGACUGUGGCAAGAGCACAAGCCAGUAGGCGAGGUAGAGGACGUGCUGGACCCGGUGGGCCGGGUGGACCGGGUGGACCUGGUGGCCCCGGAGGACGAGGAAGGGGAUUCUAAGAUGGAGCGGAUUGAAACUGACGACGGGUGAGGAGGGUGAUAAGCCCUUUCGGGAGCGGAAAGGCAGGGUGUAGGGUAUGGCGCAUCAGACGACUUGCGACAACGGGGAUUUGCAUCUGCCGCUAGUCAUAGCUAGGGUUGAGCGUCGGGUAAACUCCGCUUGUGUGUAAGCCCUUGUCCUGUGUAGAUUUUCUUUGUAUCUUAUGUACAGUUUGUGUUCCACUAGUGUCUGGCAGUGAUCGAGUGCUCAAUGAUUUCCGGAAAUAGGAGUUGCUCUGGC